GCAAGGUUAGGUGGGUGAGAGCAACCUCAAACUCCCUCAGGAACUUCCUUUUGCAGCAUUUCUUUUAUUGCAUUUGAGCCUCAUUUUCUGAAUGAAUUGCUAGGUAGCUGUUUGUGGGCUUUUUCUGUUGUUGUUUUUUUGCGCCGGGAUAGGUGUAGAAAAUGCAGCUGCAUAUAUCACCAAGCUUGAGGCAUGUAACUGUGCUGCCUGCAAAAGGUUUCAGGGAGUUUAUCAAAGUGAAGAUUGGCUCCAGAAGAUUGUCGUAUCGCAUGGUUUUUUACUCCGUCUUGUUCUUCACGUUCUUGCUCCGCUUUGUGUUUGUGUUGACUGCUGUUGAUACUAUUGAUGGAGAAAGCAGAUGUUCUUCUAUAGGCUGCCUGGGGAAAAGAUUAGGACCGAAAAUCUUGGGAAGACAACUUGACUCUGUGGUUCCAGAAGUGAUGUAUCAAGUACUCGGUGAACCUGUCAAUCAAAGCCAAGUUCAGUUAGGACAAGAAAUCCCUCAAACAAUGGAAGAAUUUAUAGAAGAAAUGAAGGAUGAACGACCUGAUGCCAAGACGUUUGCUAUCAAGCUCAAAGCUAUGGUCACAUUUCUUGAACAGAGAACAAGAACUGCAAAAAUCCAGGAAUUCUUGUAUCGACAUGUGGCUUCCAGUAGCAUACCAAAGCAGCUGCAUUGCCUCACCCUAAAACUGGCAAACGAGCACUCUACUAAUGCCAACGCCCGCCUCCAGCUUCCCCUGGCAGAGUUAGUUCCUGCCCUUGUUGACAACUCUUACUUUCACUUUGUCCUCGCAUCCGACAAUGUCCUUGCAGCCUCUGUCGUUGCAGCAUCACUGGUCCGCAACUCUUUACAUCCUGAGAGAGUUGUCCUGCACAUAAUAACCGAAAAAAAGACCUAUUACCCAAUGCAGGCAUGGUUCUCGCUCCAUCCUCUAACACCUGCAAUAAUUGAGGUCAAAGCACUGCACCACUUUGAUUGGUUUACGAGGGGAAAAGUCCCGGUGUUGGAGGCUAUGGAGAAGGACCAAAAGGUGCGAUCACAAUUUAGGGGAGGGUCAUCGGCUAUUGUGGAAAAUAAUGUCGAAAAACCAUAUGUUAUUGCUGCAAAGUUGCAGGCAUUGAGUCCCAAGUACAAUUCGCUGAUGAAUCACAUUCGCAUAUAUUUGCCAGAGCUAUUCCCAAGUCUUAACAAAAUAGUGUUCCUGGAUGACGACAUUGUGGUUCAAACUGACCUUUCGCCUUUGUGGGACAUUGAUAUGAAUGGUAAAGUCAAUGGAGCUGUGGAAACAUGUCGAGGAGAGGACAAGUUUGUGAUGUCUAAGCGGUUCAAAAGUUAUCUGAACUUCUCUCAUCCUCUAAUAGCACAAAACUUUGAUCCUAAUGAAUGUGCAUGGGCAUAUGGUAUGAACAUAUUCAACUUAGAAGCUUGGAGGAGAACAAAUAUAAGCAGGACGUACCAUUUCUGGCUGGAACAGAAUCUGAAGUCGGAUCUAAGUUUAUGGCAACUAGGAACCUUGCCUCCUGGGCUAAUUGCAUUCCAUCGUCAUGUGCAUGUAAUCAAUCCCUUCUGGCACAUGCUAGGAUUAGGGUACCAAGAAAACACAACCAUUGCAGAUGCUGAAAGUGCUGGUGUGAUUCAUUUCAAUGGCCGAGCAAAGCCAUGGCUGGACAUAGCAUUUCCACAGCUGCGUAGUCUAUGGACAAAAUAUGUUGAUUUCUCCGACAGAUUCAUAAAGAGCUGCAACAUAAGAGCGUCAUAGACCGAAUGUGUUUAUCCUACUUAUACCUGUAAAUGAAAUAGCAGGAGAGAUGUGAAAAGUUCCUGCACGAAGCAGAGGGAUCUAUCUCCACUGAUGACAACAGCAGGCUGCAAAUUUUGGGAACUCUCCGUUGUUUAUGGGGUUCUACAUACAUACUCCACAAUUUAUUUGAUUCUCAUUUUGCACAAUAAUCAGAGUUUAUGUUGCACAAAAUGGUUAUACACUGUGAUGCAAAUUGGACAUGAUCUGGUAAUAAUCAAUUGUAAUUAAUGAAACACACAGCAGAAUAAUUCUCACUUCUAACCUAAAUAAAUACACAAUCCAAACUACUACAUCAGAUCACAUCUCUAUUCAAAAAAACAGACAGGAAACUGAGCAUGCAAACAUUGGGUU